AUGAAGCUUGUGCUAGAAGGGCUAGAGGAGAGCUGUCAGUCAAUUGAAGGUAUGCGACGAGGAGCCGAAAUCUCUCUUUUUCAGGGCUAUUCAGCUCCAACUCAACCCUUCGAUUCGACUGGUGAGCUUCUCAUUAUUGACCACGAUAGUGAUGAGUCUACACGCAAAACUAUACACCAAUCGCCUAUGACGCAAAGCGGUCCUCCUCUAGAAGCCGACGAUCUUCAGCCCGAAUUCAUCUCACAUCUCAUGGUUCACUCGCAGGCCCCUGAGAGUCCCAGAAACUGGGACUAA